AUGGCACCUGAACACUCACAAAAAAAUAUCUCUAAAAACAAAUCUUUGUCUGUACCGUCUUCCAAUCAUUUGUCUCAGAACCUUAGUGUCCCAUCUUCAUCUUUUACAUUCUCAGUGGAUCCUCGUGGUAGUAGUUCACGCCGGUCACUUCGGCCUCCAAGCCCAGCGCGCCGUGACCCUGGCUUUGUAUCGACCCCAUCUGACAGUCGCCGCGCGCCUCAAGCGCCAACAAGUCCGUCAAAUCCACUUGAAGACGACGAAAGUUCACAAUAUCAACCUUCACAAACUGAAGAAAAGGAUGAUGAACAAGAUAUAGAUGAUGGGUCUAAAUCUGAUGCCUCAGUUAUCUUAGUAUCUGGCAGCUCAACUGUGGGUAAAAAACGCUCCCGUCUAACUUCGAAGAACGAAGUCAAAAAGAAAACAACAAAGUCUAAGGCAAAGAAAGCCAAGGUGAGGAAUAAUUCAAGUGUUCUAUACGAAUUGAUGGACGUACCUGACCUCUUUUGGCCUAGCAGACCUUUCGUAUCCCCAAUAAUUUAG